AUGGGUGGAAAUCCCCCAAUAACCAUUAUGACAGACCAAGCUCCAUCCAUUGCUGCUGGGAUAAGGAAUGUUUUUCCAGAUGCUAGACAUAGAUUAUGUACGUGGCAUAUUGGGGAGAAUUCAAAGAAGCAUAUUGGGCAGUAUAGAGCUUUAGAUGGUUUUUCUGACAUAUUCAAUUAUCUUCUGAAGUAUUGUGAAACUGCUACUGAGUUUGAAUAUCAUUGGCCAAGAAUGUUGACUCACUAUAAAUGCGUUGAAAAUCCAUGGUUGAAGAAUUUAUAUACAAUUAGAGAGAUGUGGUGUCCUGCUUAUUCUAAGAAUUAUUGGUCUGGUGGUGUGUUAUCAUCACAGCGAUGUGAAACUACCAACAAGUCAGUUUCCCAUCGACUUGAUAAGACACAAGGGUUAUGUGAUUUUUAUCAUGUUUUUUUGGAUGUUAUUUCUGAUUGGAGGAGCAAAGAGAAUGGUCAUGACUACAGAAAUUGGAAAGGUAGACCAGAAGUUGCAGCUGCAAAUUGCGGAAUUCUUCUUCAUGCGAGAAAGAUUUACACUAUAGAAGCAUAUGUUUUGUUUGAAGAACAAUUUCUUAAAGGGAUGGCAUGUUCUCAAGAAGAAAUACGUGGAAACACAGCUAUAGAGAAAAGUUAUUAUGUGUGGAGGCCUAAAAAAGACUUGAUUAAACAUGAAGUUCGGUUUAACCAAGAGACUUUUGGAGUGGAUUGUACUUGUCAGUACUUUACUGAAAUGGGUUUUUUAUGUUCUCAUGCGCUUCGUGUUUAUCAUGUUGAUGCUUCUUUUCCAAAGCCACCUCCAAAAUAUUUUAGAAGAGGUGCAGCUGUUGAUAAAAAUGUAGAAUCAUCGGACAAGGAAAACAAUUCAACAAAUGAAACAUCAAAUGAUUCAUAUGUUCAUGGAAGUACUAAAACCGAUGCAUGUACAAAAGUUAAAGCACCAUUGGCUACUAAAGCACCAUCGGCUACUAAAGCAACAUCGGCUACUAAAGCACCAUCGGUUAAUAAAGCACCAUCGGCUACUAAAGCACCAUCGGUUAAUAAAGCACCAUUGGCUACUAAAGGAACAUCAGCCACUAAAGCAAAAAAGGAUCAGCAGAGAUUUGAGUAUAAUAUCAAGAGUGCAUUUGACUUGGGACUUUCACCAACACCGAUGCUUACUAAAGUUUCAUCUGUUACUAAAGCUCCAUCUUGUACUGAAGCUAAAGUUCAACGACCUAUUCAUGCUUCAGAAAUUAUUCAAGUAGUACCUACAGUUCACGGAUCUAUUCAGGCUGAAAAAAUUACUCAAGUUGGAUCUAAGGUUCAAGGACCUCAAGUUUCAUUGGUUACUAAACCUCCGUUGGGUAUUAAAGGAUCUCAUCAAUCUGCUAAUGAUCAAGCUUAUUUGAAAUUUAAGUAUGAUGCUUUCUUAGCUCUUUUUGAUGAAUCAAUGGCUGCUGAAGAAGCCAUUAAAAGUCAAUGA